AUGCUUCUUUCACAGACCGUUCUAAGUUUUUUCGCUGCCACUUGUGGUUUGGUGAGUGCGGCUUCCAUUACAGAUGUCUGCACGGUGGGUUACUGUACACUCGGCUCUGGCACAUCAGGCGGCAAAGGUGGCGAAACGGUGACUGUGACUACGCUUGCCGCACUCACCAGCGCAGUCGCCGACAGCACGCCUCGCAUCGUCGUAGUCUCCGGCACUAUCAGCGGCGCCGCCAAAGUCCUCGUCGGCUCCAAUAAAUCCAUCAUCGGCCGCAACAGCGGCCAUCUCGUUGGCAUCGGGCUCUUCCUCAACCACUCCUCCAACGUGAUCAUCAGGAACACGAUUCACUCCAAGGUACUAUCGACGUACGAAGAUGAGAUUACGAUCAAGUAUUCGACGAAUGUGUGGGUCGACCACGUGGAUUUGAGCAAUGAUCGAGACCACGACAAGGAUUAUUACGACGGGUUGGUGGAUGUUACGAGGGCUUCCGACUACGUAACCAUAUCAAACUCCUACCUCCACGACCACUGGAAAGGUUCGCUCGUCGGCCACAGCGACAACAACCAGGCCGAAGACACUGGCCAUCUGUACGUCCGCGUGACCUACGCCAACAACCACUUCUACAACCUCUACAGCCGGGGCCCCAUGUUCAGAAUCGGAACAGGCCAUCUGUUCAACAACUACUGGCAAGAUCUGGAUGACGGUGUCCGCACGCGCGCGGGUGCACAGCUCUUGAUUGAGUCUUCGGUAUUCGAAGGCACCAAUGACGCCAUCAUCGCAAAGGACGGCUAUGCUGUCGUGCGGGACGUCGACCUCGGCCAGGGCACGAACGAGGCUCCGACAGGGACGCUGACGAGCGUGCCGUAUGCGUAUACUUUGCUGGGGAGCGCAAAGGUUAAGGCUGCUGUGGUUGGGGUGGCGGGGGCUACGCUGAGUUUGUAGAUGAGGGGACAUUU